UUUUUUUUUGAGCUUUGAGAUUAGAUUGGGCGCUCUACACUGGGUUCUGCAACCUCCAUCCUUUCAAUGCCCUGUUAUUUUUGGGACUGCUGGGCUUCCCUGGAGAUUAGAGCGGUCCUGUGUGCCAUGGGCUGUAUUCAGAGCAUCGGAGGCAAAGCCAGAGUCUUCCGGGAAGGGAUUACAGUGAUUGAUGUGAAAGCGUCCAUCGACCCCAUCCCCACCAGUAUCGACGAGUCCUCCAGCGUGGUACUGCGCUACCGGACACCCCACUUCCGGGCUUCAGCCCAGGUGGUCAUGCCACCCAUCCCCAAGAAGGAAACCUGGGUCGUUGGCUGGAUUCAGGCGUGCAGCCAUAUGGAGUUUUACAACCAGUACGGGGAGCAAGGCAUGUCUAGCUGGGAGCUCCCAGAUCUCCAGGAGGGAAAAAUUGAGGCCAUCAGCGACUCGGACGGGGUGAACUACCCCUGGUAUGGCAACACCACGGAGACCUGCACAAUUGUGGGGCCCACCAAGAGAGACUCCAAGUUCAUCAUCAGCAUGAACGAUAACUUUUACCCCAGCGUCACGUGGGCUGUGCCCGUCAGCGAGAGCAACGUGGCCAAACUGACCAAUAUCUACCGGGACCAGAGCUUCACCACGUGGCUGGUGGCCACCAACACCUCAACCAACGACAUGAUCAUCCUGCAGACCCUGCACUGGCGUAUGCAACUCAGCAUUGAAGUGAACCCCAACCGGCCCCUGGGCCAGCGCGCCAGGCUGCGGGAGCCCAUCGCCCAGGACCAGCCGAAAAUCCUAAGCAAGAAUGAACCUAUCCCGCCCAGUGCCCUGGUCAAGCCCAACGCCAACGAUGCUCAGGUUCUUAUGUGGAGGCCGAAGUACGGGCAACCGCUGGUGGUGAUCCCGCCCAAGCAUCGGUAACAGCCAGGCCGCUGCCAGGUGAGACUCACGGAAGAAUAUUACUGCUCAGAAGGAAACCCAGAUGCCCUCUCCGGUCAUUCAGAAAAAUACAACCAAUCUACCUUCUUCAGGGGCGGAUCUCUCACUGUGCUAAUACCCGCUGGCCUCCAGGCUCUUCCCGUCGGCUUCCCUGCAGGGAGGGGGCGGGGCAGUAGGACAAACAGGCGCCCACCCCCACCCCAGGUCUCCUCCCCUCCCCUCACAAUCUCAGUUGU